AUGUAUGCAUGUGAUCAAUCAAUAAAUCGAAAUAAAGAACGUGCGAAAGUACUUGCUCAACUUAUUUCAAUGCCUGUGCAACUCAAAUAUGUUAUAAUUGAAAAUUUCCAAUGGUUCUUGCAUAUCAUUGAAUAUGCAUCUAAUCAAUUAAAAAAGGACGCAUUAAUGACUGUUCGAUAUAUUGAAUUUGGCAUUCCUAGUUGUCAUCGUGGUUCAAAUGAAUCAGUUAAUAUUGGUAAACAUCUUGUACCUGUUCUCAAGAUUGAUAUGCCUAAUUUACAUACAUUACGUCUUUGGCGGCCACAUGAUUUUCCAUGGACAACUGGUAAGUUUAUUUUAAAUAAAAGAAUAUUAGUUACGAUAGUUUGACAGAUAUUUCUAUAUCGAGGUAAAUGAAAACUUUCUUUUCUUGAGAUUUUGGACAACAAUUGUUUUUAUAUUAAUUGAAUAUAUGGAUGAAUUCGUGGGCUUUUCAUCACUUUUGUGAAAAAAGCUUUUCCUAUAAAGGCGUUAGAAACCCUACAGAUUCAUCCAUAUCUGAGUUAAUCGAGACUCAAUACAUCAAAAGUAGAUUUAGAUAUGUGAAAAAUCCUUAUUUUCUUUUCUUAAAAUGUUUCAAUCUGACAGAAAAUAAACUUAAUCUUACUGAAAGAACUUUGAAAAAAGCUUAUCGAUGUAGCUCUUAAUGAAAUAAAACAUGGGGUUCAGCUUUCUUAUAAUAAUGUUAGAGUUCUGCGGGACAAACUUUCCCGUGUUUCGAAUUCCGCUUAUUCGGUUUCAUCUUUUUUUUCGAAUUGUUCCGGUUGUCCCAUUUAUCAGAAGAAAUAUAAAGAAAUGGUUUUAUUCAAGAAUAAUCUGCCUUUUCUACAGGAACAGUAUAAAAAACGUGUCUGUAUAUAUGAUUAUCAGACAAAUUAGCUAUUUUUUUGGUAUAUCUCGAGAAAGAUACAUCUGUUUUCGUUGAAACUUUUAGUGUAUACUAAGGGUCAUGGAACCUACAUAUGGGCAUAAUUUCGGAAGAAAGGCAUAUGAGCCCUUAUCCUUUUAAAUGUCACUUUUAAACCUUUUAAUCACCUCGAGGAGAAUUCUCUUGUUAGAGGUCUGAAAUCCGACCUAAGAACGAGUUUUAGUCGAUCUUUGUCGAGUCGAGUUCGGGCACGAUCAGUAAUAAUAUGAG